AUGGCAGCAAUGAACAUUGAUCUGGGAGGAUUGGCAGGCAGGCCUACUACUUCACAGGCGGAUCCUUUUCAAAGUGCUUUGUAUGGAGCUGGACCUGGACUCAUCCGAAGUGGACUAGGAGUGUACAGUGAGAAGUUUUUAGGUUCAAGCUCCGACUUUAUGCAAAGCAAUAUCACCCAAUAUUUGUCCAAUCCACAAUAUUACUUUCAAGUGAACAACCAGUAUGUGAGGAACAAGCUGAAGGUUGUCUUGUUUCCUUUUCUGCAUCGGGGACACUGGACUAGGAUAACUGAGCCAGUGGGAGGAAGGCUGUCAUACAAACCUCCAGUUCAAGACAUCAAUGCUCCAGAUCUGUACAUCCCUCUGAUGGCUUUUGCCACCUACAUUGUUGUUGCUGGAUAUGCCUUGGGUGUUCUUGGAAGGUUUACCCCGGAGGCACUGACUAUACAGUUCACAAAAGGGUUACUCGGUUGGUUUAUGCAAGUCAUCCUCAUUAAAGCACUACUUUACUCACUGGGAAGUGGUGAAUCGCCGUUGCUUGACAUUGUGGCAUAUGCCGGCUAUGGGUUUGCCGGUACCUCACUUGCGAUGCUUGUCCGCAUCUUCUGGAGCUACUCAUACUAUUUUGUGCUGCCAUGGUUCUGUAUCUGCACUGGAGUGUUCCUGGUUAAGACGAUGAAGAGGGUUCUGCAGGGUGCAUCGAGGACUUAUGAGAGACAUCCUAGCAGGAACCACUACCUUCUCCUAUUCCUCGCGGCCGCGCAAUUCCCCAUGCUUUUUUGGCUAGGCAACAUCAAGGCGGAGGCUAAAACUCGAUCAGAAUAA